UUGUUGAUUGUUUGAUUGCCUAUUCGCGAAUCACGAUUUCUAUCUAGAGUUUGUUGUGACAGUUUGUUUUCAGUGUUCAAUAAAGUUUAAACAAAAGAAUAAAUUUGAGAAAAGCUGAUCAGUGAUAAAAGAGUGUGUGGUUAACUCAUGAAAUAAUUGAUUUAAUAGUAGAAUUGUGGAAUUCGGCGGAGUAAGGUUAUGUCCAGGCCAGUAGUUUAUUUCUACAUUCUACUUAUGCUUGUUUACAAAUUUGAUGAUUUAAAAACAAAUUUGGUAAAAUUAUCUUCAUUUCGUUUACUAAUUAAUUUUAUCGAUUAAUGAAUGAGAACAAUUUACAUGCCUUUGAGUGAAGACUAGAGAUUGUUUUGGAACCUCAGAUCAGUCUAUUAAGGCCCUCGAAUUGUAGAGUAGUAGAAUUCAGUGUCAGGUUUAGCACUGGUACAUUUAAUUUUUGUAAACUUGUACAAAUUUGAUCUCGGUGUGACUACUGGAUGUUCGUUAAUUCGGUAAUAUUUUAAUUAUAAGUUGGAUUGAUACUAGUGAAAAUCAGCUAGUGGUGCUAAGUUCUUUAUACCAAAAUGGCCGAGGUACUAAAGAAACAGAGGAAAAGUAACUUUUCGCCAGAGGAGGUGGAUGUUUUAGUAAGAACAGUCGGAAAAAACUAUGAAACUUUAUAUGGCGAAUUCUCUAAACGUGCUGUAAACAAAAACGCGAGACACAUAGCUUGGAUAGAUGUAACAAAAAAGGUCAAUGAAGUUGGCUCAGAAAAGAGAACUCUACAAGAAGUUAAAAACAAGUGGAAGAAAUGCCAGCAUUUGUACCGAGCUGAAGACUUCAUUGGAGUUUCAGAAGAACUUGUUAAUCCAGAUGAUAGGAACGUUUGGGAACCUCUGACUUCUAUCGAGGAUGAAGAUUCCAUGCCACUCGAGCAACGCCUAAAAACUCCAACAGCAGAACAAGAUGCCAUUCUCCACAGCCAACCUUUGUCACCUACAAAACUCAAAGUCACCAGACAAACUAAACAGACUCACUCAUCACCUAAAUCCCCGCCUCCUCCACCACAGACGGAGGAAGUUUGUCUGAAAUGGAAUAGUCAUCAUUAUAAUAUGCAGAACAGCUUUCCAAAUCUGUUACUAAAGGAACAGUAUGUUGAUGCGACACUGGUUUCGGAAGGGCAGACAUUAAAGUGUCAUCGGGUUAUUUUAUCGUCAUGUAGUCCAUACUUUGAAGACAUUCUUGCCAGCAUCAAUCCUAGUCAACAUCCUGUUCUCUUCAUGAAGGACGUUCCGUUUUGGAUUCUGAAAUCAUUAUGUGACUUUAUGUAUUCCGGUGAAGUGCAUAUUCUGCAAACUAAGUUGGAAGAGCUUCUUGCUGUUGCCGAAAUACUUAAGAUAAAAGGUCUGGCUGGAACCAUAGAUAAUGCUGAGCAUGAUAUAAAAACUGAACCUGGAAAACCCAUCAAAGAAGAGAGGAAAGAUGAAAGUGAAAUAAUAGAAGAAGAAAUGAAGAAAAAAGAAGUAAAAGAACUCAAGAGGAAAGACGAUAAAGAUUUGAAGAAAAGAGAGGAUCUUAAGAAAAGGGAGGAAAUUAAAGAAGUCAAAGAUAAAAAAAGGCCACAACCUGCACCUCCUCCUGAGAUGCCGGUCCUCAAAAGUGCAAAAUUAUCAAAAGUAAGUUCUCACACGGAAAUGCCAAUAUUGCAGAGUACAAAAACAUCCAAAAAUUACACCUGCUCAAGGAGAGCUGUGAGAAGGAUCGAUAAAACAGAAAAAGUUACUAAGAAACCAGGCAAUGAUUUUUUUGAUCCUUUAGACUUGCUCGAACCUGUAUAUGAAGAAUUGACGAAAGAGCCUAUUUCUUCCACAAUAUCUAUGAAACCCAAGGAUACUAAACCAAUUCCUAUGAGAAGAAGCUUGACAAAGAAACUCAAAAAGCGAAAAAUUACUGAUGAGCGAGAAGAAUCUCCACCGCCAGUUCUUUCAAGAAAAGGUACUCGGUCUCGUCCUAACCGCAAAGUUCCAAAAUUCUACCAUAGCAAUUAUGACCAAUCAACAAUUGUUCGUGAACCUCACACAGACCAGGCUGAUCCACUAAUGCAUCUACAAGAAAUUAAAGCGGAACCGUUAGACCUUGAAGAAAACGCUAUUGAAAUAGAAGAUAAUUUAGUCGAUUUCAGCGAAAAUGACAUUACAGUUGAAGAUGAAGAAAUUAUGGGAGAUUAUUAUAGUCCAAUUGUGAAUCUAAAUGCAGAUAAUAAAGAAACUGAUUCGUCCGUUGCAUACCCUAAAAUUGGAUUAAUCUCACAACCAAUAAUCAUGAACGUGGAAAGUGUUACAGAAAAAAAUGAAGAUGCUCUCAAACUCAUAAACUUAGCCGAAAUAAAAGGUAAAGAAGGAGAAAAAGUCAUCGAUCCUCUAGAAGAUCCUUUGAAUUUUAACCAAAACAGCUCUGAUAUUCAUUCGAAUAUUAUACAGAAUGUACUUGAAAGCAAUGAAAACUCGUUGGGGUUUCAUAUAAGUGAGGUUAUAACUGAAAAAGAGGAAAGUCCAUCAGCUGAAGAGUGCGAGGAAUUGACGUUUCAAAUAACAAAUAUUAUAAGUGAACAGGACGAUAAUGACGUCAUUGAAAAUCCUCAAGAACAAGUGAACAAAACUAAAAAGGAUUUGGAACAUGGGGAUAUAGAAAACAACAAACAUAAUAGUGAAAAGGAAAGUGUUUCUUCAAACCUACAAAUGAAUGAAAAAGAUGUAGAUGAUUUGCCAGAUAAAACUGAAGAGAAUUGUUUUAAAUCUGACUCUUUAGAAAAUCUUGUAGUGAAACAAUUUUCAGACUCAACUGAAACUGUUUACGGCAACUCCUCAAAAGAAGCUGAAACUGAAGAUAUUUUGGAUCACGAACAAUCAAGUGAUACCUUUCGGGAAAGCGAUACCUAUAAUUCGUUAAAGGAGUUACAAUUGAAACAAAUUUCGAAAAAGUUGAUAGACACCAAAGACACAAUAUCAACUGAAGAAGGUACAGAUUCCAUGAUCGGCAGAGUCACUUUGGAACACUUUGAUGAAUCAGAGGAGUUGAAUAUUAAUUGUAAAGUUGAGUCUGAACUUUGUCACAGAGUGUUCUCGAAAGAAGAAAGUAUCGUUAGUGAUUUGAGGAAACAAGAUUAUCAAGUUAUCCAUGAAGAGAAUCAUGAUGAAAGCACAAGUUCCACUUGUACUGAGGUGGGUCCUUCUUGUCAGAAAUUUGAUCAAUCCCCUCUUUUAGUUGAAAUUGAUCCCACUGCAGCUUCUACUACUUCAGUCGUCUGUCAAAAUGACUCAUCAACAACAGAAUUUCAAUAUUCACCUGAAGAGAAGUUCUCUCGUGACGGUUUUUUGAUUGAUGAUUAUAUUCAAGAUAGUGUAUCGCCUGGCACUGUGGGAUUUCACAUUGCACAAGUUAUAAGUGAACAAAUUGCCCAAAAUGAGGAAAAUAAAAUUACUGAUCAGUGUAUAAAAGAUUCAAGUAGUCAAAGUGUUGGUGAAGAAAGGUACACCUCAAAUAGCAACGAGUUGGAAACCAUUGUAAAUGAUUUAACAAAAAUUGUUGGGGAAACAUGUGAUCAAUCAGAUUUGAAGAAUAAUGAGGACUCCAGUGUAAUAGCAGAAUCUCUUGAAAAUCUAUUGCAGGAUUGAAUCAAAUGUUUGAUAAAGUUAUAGGAAAACAGCUAACUCAGAAUUAGAUCUUUCCAAAAUAAGAAAAGAUAGUAAU